AUGGCCUCUUCACGACCCGUCAGCUCGGCGCCCGCCGCACAUAUGACCACCACCACUCUGCGAGUAGAUGGAAUGACCUGUGGAGCGUGUACAUCGUCUGUGGAAUCUGCAUUUAGAGGGGAGGACGGCAUUGGGAGUGUGUCUGUCAGCUUGGUCAUGGAGCGGGCGGUCAUUACCCACGACGCCGAUAAGAUCAGUGCCGAACAAAUACGUGAGAUGAUUGAUGAUCGAGGGUUUGACGCCCAAGUCAUCAGCUCAGGCCGACCCGAAUCACCCUUAUUCGACGCUUCCGAAGAGGACGACAUUCUUUUGGACGACGCCGAGUUGGAUAUACUAGGAAACGGCAUGUCUACAACCCUCAUCCAUGUAGGAGGCAUGACGUGCGGAGCCUGUACAUCAGCAGUCGAAGGUGCAUUUAAAGGCGUGGCAGGCGUCAAGAGUUUCAGUAUAUCUUUGCUUUCAGAGCGUGCGGUGAUAGAGCACGAUGAGAGCAUCAUCAGUGCGGAAAAGCUGGCGGAGACUAUUGAGGAUACUGGCUUCGACGCGCAGGUCCUGGAGACGAAAGCUGCUACAGCAGCUGCGAGCAAGACUAAGCCGAGGAGGAAGAGCGUGUCCAAGAGAUUGAUGACAACGACCAUUGCGAUCGAGGGCAUGACGUGCGGUGCAUGCACAUCCGCCGUGGAGAGUGGAUUCAAUGACAUGCCCGGGUUGACGCAUUUCAACAUCAGCCUUCUUGCCGAGCGAGCGGUCAUCGUUCAUGAGCCUGAUGUCCUACCGGUGGCCAAACUUGUGGAAGCGAUCGAAGACCGGGGAUUUGACGCCACUGUUGUCGCCAGCGUGGAGGAAGGUGUACAAACAUCGAGUUCGAACGCUUCAAUACAGCUCAAGAUCUUUGGGUUACCGAGCCCGGAAUCUGCCUCUGACCUUCAGGCCAACUUGAAAAACAUGCCUGGAAUCGCUUCGGUCAACGUCAACUUCGCUACUUCGCGGGCAUCCAUCACCCACUCUCCUUCCAAGAUUGGUCUACGCGCAGUGGUCGAAGCAGUAGAGAAAAUGGGUUACAAUGCGCUUGUAGCUGACUCCGACGACAAUAACGCCCAGCUGGAAUCACUCGCAAAGACCAAGGAGAUCCAGGAGUGGAAACGAGCCUUUAGAGUAUCGCUGACUUUUGCUAUCCCGGUUUUCGUGAUCAGCAUGCUUUUGCCGAUGUUCAUCCCGUUCUUGGACAUUGGCAGCAUCAAGCUUCCCAUCAUACCUGGCGUCUGGCUCGGCGAUGUACUGUGCUUGCUUCUCACCAUUCCUGUGCAAUUUGGCAUCGGCAGACGAUUCUACAUCUCGGCAUACCGCUCGGUCAAGCAUGGAUCUCCGACGAUGGAUGUUCUGGUCGUCUUGGGUACUUCGGCAGCAUUCUUCUUCAGCUGUGCUACGAUGGUGGUCUCGAUCCUGGUACCUCCUCACUCUCGACCCGGAACAGUCUUUGAUACGAGCACCAUGUUGAUUACCUUCAUCACGCUGGGUCGAUUCCUCGAGAACCGUGCAAAGGGACAGACAUCGAAGGCGCUUUCAAGACUAAUGAGUCUUGCGCCGCCCAUGGCCACCAUCUACGCUGACCCCAUUGCUGCUGCCAAAGCUGCCGAGAGCUGGGAAUCGCAGCAAGAAACCCAGGAAAAGUCAGCUGACAAAGAGGCUACCGGAUCUGCAGUCGAAGAGCGAACGAUUCCUACCGAGCUUAUUGAGGUCGGUGACAUUGUUAUUCUCAAGCCUGGCGACAAGAUACCAGCCGAUGGUACAGUGACACGCGGUGUAAGCUAUGUCAAUGAGAGUAUGGUUACUGGUGAGGCCAUGCCAGUCAACAAAACCCCUGGAUCUCUACUUAUGGCUGGUACUGUCAACAAUGCUGGUCGUUUGGAUUUCAAAGUUACUCGCGCUGGCCGUGAUACCCAACUCAGUCAGGUCGUUCGACUGGUGCAAGAAGCACAAACCAGCCGAGCACCCAUUCAACGUAUGGCAGACAUCGUUGCUGGCUACUUCGUGCCCAUCAUCAUUACACUUGGACUGGCUACGUUUGUCGGUUGGAUGGUUUUGAGCCACAUCCUACCUCACCCACCACAGAUCUUCCUUCAAGAGCACAGCGGUGGCCGGUUGAUGGUUUGCGUCAAGCUUUGCAUAGCAGUCAUCGUAUUUGCCUGCCCUUGCGCACUUGGCCUGGCCACACCGACUGCAGUCAUGGUUGGCACUGGUGUAGGCGCAGAGCAAGGCAUCCUGGUCAAGGGCGGUGCUGCGCUGGAGACAGCCACCAAGAUCACGCACGUUAUCCUCGACAAGACCGGUACUUUGACCAUGGGUAAGAUGAGUGUGGCUCAAUUCGAUCAAGCUACAAAGUGGAAGGCAAGCCCCACGCAAGUCAGCUUGUGGUGGACGCUUGUCGGUCUUGCCGAAGCGAACAGCGAGCAUCCCAUCGCAAAGGCCAUUCUCGCGGGUGCCAAAGACAAACUUGGCCUGGGCCCUGAUGCUCAGGUCGAAGGAUCCAUGGGCGAGUUUGCAGCAACGGUGGGCAAAGGUAUCACUGCAACCGUCGAGCCGGCCGGUACGUUUGACCGAAACCGAUACGAAGUCACAAUCGGCAAUGCUUCAUUCCUGAGGAAGAAGGGUAUUCAAGUACCAGCAACACCAGAAGACGAAUACGAAGACUUCGCCGGUACACGAAGACCAUCGAUGUCGGGUCCGUCAUCCUCCAAGGCAGCCCAAAGCGCAGGAAUCACAACCAUUCAUGUGGCCAUCGACAGCGAAUAUGCGGGUUCAGUCGGUCUGUCUGACACCUUGAAACCGACCGCAAGGGCAGCAAUAGCCGCGCUCAACCGCAUGAACAUUGGUACUUCACUCGUCACUGGAGAUCAAGCUGCGACUGCGCAUCAUGUUGCCUCGCUCGUCGGUAUCCCACCAGAAAAUGUCUACGCCGGUGUGCUCCCUGAAGGCAAGAAGAGCAUCAUUGUAGACUUCCAGGAGCAAGGUCAGAUCGUCGCCAUGGUCGGAGACGGUAUCAACGACUCACCAGCCCUGGCCACGGCAAACGUGGGUAUCUCACUCGCCAGCGGAACCGACGUCGCCAUGGACGCUGCAGACAUUGUCCUCAUGAAGCCCAACCAGCUCAUGGACAUUCCCGCAUCGCUCCAUCUCAGCAGAACCAUCUUCCGCCGCAUCAAGCUGAAUCUCCUCCUCUCCUGCGUCUACAACGCCGUCGGCCUACCCAUCGCGAUGGGCUUCUUCCUCCCUUGGGGCAUCACCCUCCCUCCUAUGGCUGCCGGCGCUGCAAUGGCAUGUUCCAGCGUAACAGUCGUCGUCAGCUCGCUCUUCCUCAAACUCUGGAGACGACCAGAGUGGAUGCUCAAUAGCGAAGUCGACAGUGCCUUGGCCAGCCUACGCAAGAUGAGCUUCUCAUCGAGAAUUCGUGGCUUCCGCGAUGUGAUUAGUGGGAGGAAGAGGAGGGAUUCCGAACGUGAUCGCGGCGCUUAUGUCCAGCUCGAUAAUAUCGAGGCGGUUUGA